AGAAUGACGGGAGGGAGUGCAGUAGGGGAUAGAGCGGCGGAGAGAGAGCCGGCGCGGCGGCAACAAAGUGGUGGGGAAUCUCGCGAUCUCUCUCCUCUAUCGGUCUGUCCACCAGUCGCUUCGUAGCCGUUAUCGCGACAGGUUCGUCGGUGUGUUUGCGCGCGCUUUUCGCGACGCUAACGUCGAGAAUCUCUUUGCGCGACGAGAAAACUAGGAGCGGAACGAGUAGCUUUGUCGAGAAGAGAGAGAGAGAGAGUGAGUGCGAGAGUGUCGUCGUUUUUCGAAGCGACUUUCGGAGAAACCGUUUGCGCGCGCGCGCGCGCGCGUCUCGCGCUUCGAGUAAACAACGAAGAAUGUGUGCGGUGUAACGUAUCCAGCGAGAAGAAGUAAAUAUAGAUCCGUAAUAACCGUGGUUCCGCGCCGCGGGGGUGUGGCGAGGGGACGGUAGAAAAUAUUAUCUCUCGGCCGGUCUUUCUUCUUCCGGUAUACACGUCAACGCGCGCGCGAGAGAGAGAGAGAGAGACGGCGGCUGCUGCAAUUUUUCCUGCCUUACCGACCGAAAAAAAAGGGCACGCCGCGUCGGACACAAAGGAGAUCGUUGCUCCUGCUCGCGAAUUCUUCUCCCGGAUGAACGCGUAACGUGGGCCACCCACCCCGGCGAACCCGCGUCGAGUUAGCCGCGCACCGAUGACACGGUAGGGACGGAUGGAUCGGUGGAUACCGCAGAUGGAUUUUCGACGAGGAAACGGGGUGUCGAGGAUCACGUUAACGACGCGUCGUGGGACGACGACACGUCACCGCCAACGAUCGGCUUCGUAGCGUAUCCGAGUCUUUCCCGUCGUCUUUUUUUUCCGCUUGUUGCUGUUGUGUUGUUUGUUAUUGUUAUUGUUCGAGGAGUAUACUUGUCGCCGUCGGCCGGAUAAAAGAGUGGAUCGGCGCGAGAUGACGCGUCUCGGCGCGCUUUGAAUAUAUAAAAGUGGGCGCAAAUCGCCGCAGUGCAACGUGUGUGUGCAUGUGUGAUAGAUAUAGAUAUACGUAAAUAAAAGUUGUGAACUCUCGCUAAAGCGGGAAAUCACGCAGGAAGGAUGUAUCCCAGCGCCGGAAUCAACGCAGCCGCCGUGGCCGCCGCCGCUGCCAGGCAUCCGGGUCCACCGCAGCCUGGACAGCCGUUCAAAUUUUCAGUAGGCGAAUCCUGCGAUCGUAUCAAGGAGGAGUUCAAUUUCUUGCAGGCCCAGUACCACAGUAUUAAGUUGGAGCUGGAGAAACUCGCCCAGGAGAAGACGGAGAUGCAGCGCCACUACGUCAUGUAUUACGAGAUGUCGUACGGGCUCAACGUGGAGAUGCACAAACAGACGGAGAUCGCGAAAAGGUUGAACGCCAUCAUCGCGCAGAUCCUGCCGUUUCUCUCGCAGGAGCAUCAGCAGCAAGUCGCCACGGCGGUCGACCGAGCCAAACAAGUGACCAUGACCGAGCUGAACACCAUCAUCGGGCAACAGAGGCCGGACCUGCCGAGACUGCUGCAACAGAUGCACGCCCAACAAUUGCCGCCUGGCGCGGCGAUGGGACCACAUCCGGGUAUACCCGGACUUCCUGGAUUGGGUCCAGGUGCCGGUAUACCGGUUCCCACCUCCGCGUCCGCGCUCUUAGGCUUGAGCCUUCCCCCGGGAGCGGCAGCCACUCCAGGAGGUACCGCCGCGCAUCCACUGUCGAUGCUGACGAAACCGGAUCUUCAUCGGGGUCAGCCCGACGAUCUGAAGCCCAACGGAGGUCUCAAUCCAGCCGAGGAGAGACAUAGAAAUUCGAUAUCGCCGGCGGAGCGAGAGAAAUACAGGCCUCGCAGUACGCCCGAUCCGCAACACGAACAUCUGCAUAUGACUGGGAAGAAGAUGAAGAAGGAGCACGACAAGGAUAUAGGCCAUCAAAGCGAUGGUGAAAAGAGCGACCAAGACCUGGUGGUCGACGACGCGAGCGAGGGUCCGACCAGUCCGGCGGCGAACGGCACCGCGUCGCCGCGAGAGAACGGCCUGGAUAAGCUGGGCCCGUCCUCGGUGCCUCUGAGCGGUCAGGUCAAAAAGGAGGUGCCACCGCCGUCGCCUAGAAGCGGCACCAGCAGCAACGCCAGCACUCCCUCGGCCAAGAAGAUGGAGGAACGCGAAAAGCCGACGACACCGAUCUCGAAACCAGUCACACCCACGUCGGCAGGUGGUAGCAGUUCUGGCUCCGGUGGCUUGAAACCGUCGAGCUCCAGCAAACCGCUGGUCUCGGCCUCGGUCGUCGGUCCUUAUCCUCCGCAUUAUCCUCCACCGCAUCAUCCACCAGCGGGACCUCACGUGGACAUGCUGGGCUAUCCCCCGGCGGCGCUUAACGGUUACCCUGCGAGACCACUUCAACAGCUCUACGAUCCUCAUGCCAGCAUGAGAGCGCCGCUCGGACCGCUCGGCGUGCCUCCCGGUGGCAAACCCAGUGCGUACAGUUUUCACGUGUCUAGCGAAGGCCAGAUGCAGCCCGUGCCGUUUCCGCAGGACGCACUCAUUGGCCCAGGCAUACCGCGUCACGCGCGACAAAUAAACACGCUCACUCACGGCGAGGUUGUCUGCGCCGUGACGAUCUCGAAUCCCACCAAGUAUGUCUACACCGGUGGCAAGGGUUGCGUCAAGGUGUGGGACAUCAGUCAGGGCGGUAGCGGUAGCGCGAAACCAGUCUCCCAGCUCGAUUGCUUGCAACGAGACAACUACAUCAGGUCGGUGAAACUGCUACCUGACGGGAGAACGCUGAUUGUGGGCGGCGAGGCGAGUAAUCUCAGCAUCUGGGACUUGGCGAGUCCGACGCCAAGAAUCAAGGCUGAAUUGACCUCCUCGGCACCGGCGUGUUACGCCCUGGCUAUAUCGCCGGACUCGAAGGUUUGCUUCAGCUGCUGCAGUGACGGCAACAUCGCGGUGUGGGAUCUGCAGAAUCAGACAUUGGUCAGACAAUUCCAAGGUCAUACGGAUGGCGCCUCGUGCAUCGACAUCUCCGCCGAUGGCUCGAAACUCUGGACAGGCGGUCUCGACAACACCGUACGUUCCUGGGAUCUUCGAGAAGGCAGACAACUUCAGCAGCACGACUUUACAUCUCAGAUAUUCUCCUUGGGAUACUGCCCGACCGGCGAAUGGUUGGCCGUGGGUAUGGAGAAUUCGAAUGUCGAGGUACUCCACGCCACGAAGCCAGACAAGUAUCAGCUACAUCUGCACGAGUCUUGCGUGCUAUCGUUACGCUUCGCUUCGUGUGGCAAGUGGUUCGUCUCCACCGGCAAAGACAAUUUACUUAAUGCGUGGCGCACGCCGUAUGGGGCCUCGAUUUUCCAGUCCAAGGAGUCAUCCUCGGUGCUCAGCUGCGAUAUUUCUACGGACGACAAGUACAUCGUGACAGGAUCCGGCGACAAGAAAGCCACCGUCUAUGAAGUGAUAUAUUGAACCACACAUUGACUCGACGAUACAUUUUAAUAUUUACGCAACAUCCAUUAAAGUUUCUUGUGACGAUCACAAGUGUAACUGAGCUAUGACGGAGGAAUUGAAACAAGGAUUAAUUUCCUGUGCGCGAAUUGUGACUCGUACUUCACGAAGCUACGCGGCAAAUCAAUUGAAUUAAUUUAAUAAGAAUUGACAAGACUUGGUCGAUGUACUAUGGUCGCUAUAUUCGACGGGAAUCCAAGUUAAAUAUCACGUUUCUGGUAAAGAAUUGUCAAAGCAAUUAAAUUACCAGAAAGUGGUAUGUAAAAAUAUUACGGAGAUAUAUAAUUAUAUAAAAGUUGCAGCGUCUGGCUGUAUAAAAAUUGUAUAGAGUCUAUGAUCGUAAGUAGAAUGAAGUGAAUGGAGAGAAUAUGAGAGAAACAAAUGCGUGCAAGUGCCCUCCGACUAUAUUUAACGUGGGAGGCGAUAUGAAGUCGCUUGUGUAAUAUGUUACUGAUGUAAUAUAGAGUCAUUAUAAUUAGGUUCUUUUGUGCGUGCGCGAUUGCGAGGGAAUAUGGAACGAGGAAUUCAGUGCGUUUCGUCGGAUAUGAGAUCCUUCUCGUAAAGUAACGACGGAACGUACACCGCGAUGAAAUACCUGAAUACGUACGGAACGCUGAUCUAAUGUUGUAGACUUGUCAAAGUAGGGAUGUGUAUGUUGUGUCGCAGAAUUAUACAUAAUAUAUUGAGCACACAUAUAGACGGAAUGUUUACGUCAUGUAGCGAAGGAAUUGUAGGGCUAUGAGAAAUCGAUAAGUAUCGAUCACGCUAACAAUGUUGAACGUACAUUAACGCGGUAUGUUCAUCGGCAUAGAAGCCAACAAUGUGAUCUUUGACAUUUCUACCACCGACAAAGAGGAAUAAUUUGUACUUAUUACACUUUCAGUUUUAAAUAACGAUUCUUUCAUAAUUAUAUGGCACUGUUGCGUCUGCCGUUAAGACUUUAUUGUAAUUGAGAUUUUAUAAAUACGUGUCGCGCGAAUGGAGACAGUGAUAAAGAAAAAAAAAUAAAUAAAACGGCGAAAGAUACUUUUUGAUCUUUUGCGGUAAUUACGCGUAUUAAUUAGGAAACUGGCUUUCAUACGGCUAUCACAAGUGGUAUCGAAUACAAAUAGAAACUCUACAUAAGUUGCGCCGUAUGCGCGUGGAUUCUUGAUAUAAUGUACAUUGUUUGCAAGUCUUGACUGCCAUAAUAGGCAUAUAUAUAAUAUAUAUACAUAUAUAUAUAUAUAUGUAUAUAUAUGUAUAUAUAUAUAUAUAUAUAUAUAUAUAUAUAUAUAUCACUCACACAUUCACACAAACACGCAUAUGUUCGUAAAAUACACACUCCCAUACACAUAUACACGAGCGAGCGGACCACGUUCGUGGGCGGAUUUUGCAGAAUAUUCGAUAAAGUAUUUUUGUGACUAUUCAUCAUGACCCUAGGCUUAACCAUCACGCGCCCGUCUACAACGACUGCAACGACGAGGCGACAUGAAACGAGGCGAGAGAGACACUUGAGCAACUCUUACACUACUCUUCGGUGCAGUUUACAAAGCCAGAAGUGCGUCUGGACUUAGGGUACUAGCUAGCGCAUUAUUAUUAUUCGGAAACCGUAUGGUGAAAGCGGGUGAUGCGUAAUGGAGAUUUAUAUUUUGUUACAGGAAGGCACAUAACAUGUUGACACCGCUGUGUGAUCGUCCGAAAUUCAAUUUCGGAAAUAUAAUACUGCCGCGAUAAAACGAUAAAAGCUCUGCCGGACACGAUAACGCAGUUCCACGUUUUACGAUACGCAGACUGAUGAAUCGAUACACGAUUCCGGAAUUCGAUUUUGGACGAGCACAGUUCCGAUCAUAUAGACCAAUAGAAACAACGAUACCUCAAGAAGACUCAAUAGUUAAUUAUCUCUAACUCAUUGACUUGUACAGAAUUGAUAUUCUUUUACAGUUGAGAAUAACACACGCACUGUGGGCAAAAAGAAAGAAGCAUUACGCAAGAUAAGGAAUCGCAUAGCCGCGAUAAUGAUUGUGGCCCCCUCCCCCUCCAUCCCUUUCCUACCCCCCCCCCCCCGUUUCGUAUUGUAUACAUAUAUAUAUAUGCAUAUAUAUAUAUGUUAAAUUGCGUCUCCGUGUUCGCAUUUUGCACUCCGCGAAAAGCGUACGAAAGCCGCCGUGGGAAAGAAAAAAAUAUACGUUCGUAAUAAACGGAAGACAAACAGCGUUCAUCUUUUUCCAAGCACUGUUCACAAGUUGUUCCUAUAGCUACGCGAAAAAAAUUGUUUCUUUCGGCAAUUAAAAAUCCUCUAUAUCUAUAGAAAAGAAUUGACAUUAUAUGUUCGCUGAUUCCCAUAUUCCAUCGAUCCCCUAUAUAUAUAUAUAUAUGUAUGUAUAUCAUUAAUCAAAUACUUUAUAACUCGAGGUAUUUCUUUAAAAAAAUUACAGCGAUAAUACAGCAGCAUCUUAUUUAA